AUUUGUCUUAUUUCGUACGAAUGUAAAAGAAAAUUUUUCAAAAAUUUUGUGUUUUCCAUAAAACAUUGUGUUUUUAGAAGUGCAUUGCUGUAUUUAGUGGUAGGGAGGAUGAGAAACGAAAUGGAAGAUUCAACUUCAAUAAAGUUAGAAGAAUACACUGCGAUAAAGGUUGAAGAACUUAUUAUAACCGAUGUAAAGGGUGAACCAAUCGAAACUAGCGGCUACUCCUGUGAAACUGAACUGACGGUGACUGCCAGUGAUGAUACUCCGGUGGUGAAGCAACUGCCUCCUGCCAUACAUAUUGAUGAAGUGACAGAAACUGCUCCUUAUGCAGCAGCUGAUAAAGACGAUAAAACUGAUGAUAGUUCCAGCAACUCGCACGCCUUGGAAGCGGACCCUCCUGCUGGCAGUGACAGUCAACCGAAACACGUUUGCGACAUCUGUGGUGCAUCACACAAGUCGAUUAGUGGUUUUUACGCUCACAAAAGAAUCCACUCGUAUGUUGAUCCAAAACCUUACAAAUGUGACCAGUGUAGUUCUCGAUUCGUUUUUAAGGGUAAUCUCAAUGCUCAUAAAAAGAAACAUUUACCACACAGUUUGAAGCGUUUGUAUAAAUGCGAUAUCUGCGGCAAAGCAUAUGGCCAUAAGUCAUCUCUUGUGACUCAUAUGAAAAUUCACACGACGACGCAACCUUUUGAUUGUGACAUAUGUGGCGAAACUUGCACACCCAACACACUACGGCGGCAUAAAAUUUUAAAACACACAUCGGAAAAAAAAUUCGCUUGUACCACAUGCGGUAAAGACUUCCAUAUGAAAGGCCAGCUUACGAAGCACCUGAAGUGGCACAGUUUGGAACUCCAUCACCGGUGUCCGAUAUGUGGAAAAAAUUUUAUAUGUCGAUUUGAGCUUGCGCGGCAUCUGCAUACUCACAGCAAUAAACGACUAUUCAAAUGCGAUCUCUGCGAUGCAUCCUUUAAGGCACCCUAUGCCUUACAGAGACACCGGAUAUACCACAGAACCGACGACUGGAUACAUGCUUGUACAAUCUGUGACCGAAAAUUCCCCAUCAAAUAUAUGCUCAUGCGUCACUUGAGAACUCACGCCAGAGUGCGACCGUUCGAGUGCGACAUAUGUCACAAAACUUUCAUCAGACGCGUAGAACUUAAUGAACAUACAAUCGAAAACCACGCACAGGAAAAGAAUUUUAAAUGUCCAGAAUGUGGUAAAGAGUUUCACUUGAGAACACAAUUAACACAGCAUUUGAAACGGCAUAGCCCUGAUCGCUCAUACAAGUGUCUGACAUGCGGAAAAGUCUAUAAAGAUAAAUAUACGCUCGGUCAGCACAUCAUGCAUCGACACACGAACGCUGAUCCAAAACGUUAUGACUGUGACCAAUGCAGUUCUCGGUUCUCUCAAAAGAGUGGUCUCAAUUAUCACAAAAAGACAAAGCACUUACCGUCAAGUUCCAGUUCUGGAACGCCUAAUAUGCAAAAGAAAAGCUUGGAUAGAAUCAAAUCCGAAAAACCGCUGUUCAAAUGUGACUUAUGCAGUAAAACUCUCUCGUCAAAUCAAAAACUGCAGGAUCACCGUAUUGUAAAGCAUACAACGGAAAAGAAUUUCAAAUGCGACAUUUGCGGCAAAGAAUUCCACCUGAAGAAGCAGCUGAUGCUGCACCAGAAAUGGCACAGCGCAGAGCGUUCGUAUAAAUGCGAUAUCUGCGGUCAUGGAUUUAUGAAAAAACACUAUCUUCGGACGCAUAUGACCAUUCACAGCGAUGAGCGACCGUUUGGAUGCGACCUGUGCGUCGCAUCCUUCAAGACACGCGUAGGCUUGCAGAAACACCAGAAACAACACAGGCCCGGCGAUGAAAAACCCCACGUCCGGAAACACGCUUGUGAUAUCUGCGGCCGAAACUUCGCCACCAGUGUGACUCUCAGGCAUCACCGGAGAACGCACACCGGAGAGCGACCGUUCGAGUGUGACAUUUGUCACAAAACCUUCAUCCAACGUAGAUCACUUAAGGAUCAUAAAAUCUCAAACCACACACAGCAAACGAAUGGUAACGGGAAAUUAGGGAUCAUCUUUCCGUGAUGAUUACGAUGAUUGCUCUGUAUACUACUGUCG